AUGAAGAGAAAUACAUUUUUUUGUAAAAACUUAUUCAACUAUAGCCAAAUAAAUGUAACUAGAAAAUGUGGAAAAGACAUAUUUUUUGUUGAAAAGAGGGGAAGAAAAUAUAUACCAUUUUAUGAUGAAAAAAAAGAAAAAAAAAAAAAUAUAAAUACAGGAGAAAAUGUUAAUAACGAAAAUAAAAAUGAAGAAGAGGGAAAAAAUAUACAAAAAGAAAAUUAUUCAAUAUUUUGGCAAAAUUUAAUGCCACCAAUAUCACCAAUGAAAGGUUUAAAGCUACUACUUAGCUUUGACACACAACUUGGACAAAUAGACGUUAAUAAAGAAAAACCAAUUGAUUUUAAUUUAAUAAUAAAAAUAGAUAUAAAAAGGGAAUCCUUAAGAGGGAUGUGUAAUUUAACACAUAGUGUUGAUAAAAAAAAAAAAAUUUUAGUAUUAAUAGAAGAAGAUAAUGAAAAUUUAAAAAAAUAUGGAGCAAAUUAUGUGGGUUUAGAUUAUAUUAAUAAAAUAAAAAAUGGAUGGCUAGAUUUUGAUAUAUGUAUAACAAAUUUUAAAAAUAUAAAUAAAAUAUUACCAAUAGCUAAAAUAUUAGGACCUAAAAAAUUAAUGCCUAAUGUUAAAUCAAAUACUCUUGUAGACAACUUAAAAGAAACUAUUAUAAAAAUAAAAAGUGGAAAUAGUAUUGAAUAUCGUAGUGAACAAAUUGAUACUAAUACAUUUGAAUUAUAUAAAAAUAUUUACAACUUAAAUAAAAUUGAUAAAAAUUCGCUAGCUCAUAUAAAUAUUAAAAUAGCUUCUACAGAUAUGCCAUACCUACAUAUACUUGAUAAUAUUAAAUCUUUUGUUUCAGAAAUUGUAAAAAAUAAUAUACAUUCUUCACACACUGAUAAAGAAAAUAAAUCAACAUUUGUUUGGCCACCUAUUACAAAAAAAGUUAAUAAACCUAAUAAAUAUUAUACACAAACAAGUAAUAUCCUUACCAAUAAUCCUGAAGAUAGUUCCGACUCAUUUAUACUUGGCGGAUACUUAACUCUUCCCGGUCUUCCAAAAUUUUUUUUGAAACCAAAUCUGCUCUAUACUAAUUCAGACGGUUACGUCAAUUAA